AUGGGCAUCCAACGUGGAAGCCAGGCAGCACAGGCUGGUCCCUCCACUACUAUCAACCCAUUAGUACAGGAGUUUGGAUCGCUUCAAGUUCUCGACGAUUUGAUUCGCUUACGAGCCGCUGAUGUCGUUCAAUAUCCUAUUCUUGCCUAUCCCCGUUUCGACAACGAUGCAGCUUGCUAUGAAUACUACACCGGGAAGCAAUUGGAUUCUAUGAUAGACCAAGCUGCCGUCAUGCUCAUGGAUGAUGGAUUCCAACAGUCAACGCAAACUCCAUCCAUCGUGGCACUUCUUACGUUGUCCGACCUUAACAUGGUGAUCACCUUCUUUGCCCUAAGUCGACUGGGCUAUACCGUCAUGAUGCUCUCACCAAGACUCUCGGGUGAAGCUUGCAUAUCAUUGCUAGAAACAGUGAACUGCGAAUCAAUAAUAUAUGGCCAAUCCCCUAAUAUCCGCUCAACAUUGGGCGAGAUUCUUCGCCGGAGGCUAGUGACAUGCCGCCCAAUACUCUCAUGCUCUUUAUACAACAAACUCCAAUCGCCAUCACUCGUUCUCCAACGGAACCGAAACCCUGAAAAGGCCGCCUUGAUCCUUCAUUCCUCGGGAUCAACAGGCACCCCGAAACCGCUCUUCCUCACACACAAAGCGAUCAUGACUCACCCGCUGAGAGGUCCUGGGUUUACUUCUUUCAAUACCCUGCCAUGGUAUCACCUCCAUGGACUGUCCACCGCAUUGCAGGCAAUGUGGAUGAGAAAGACAGCCUAUAUGUGGAAUGCUGCGCUGCCUUUGACCGCAGAAUUUGUCGCUACGGCCCUCGAAGAAGCCAGACCAGAGUCUGUGGCAGCGGUUCCUUAUAUGCUCCAAAUUUUGGUUGAUGAUCCCCGCGGUAUCACAGCACUAAGACAAUGCAAGUUGGUUACCUAUGGAGGUGCACCCUGUCCGGAUGAGUUAGGCGAUCGUCUAGUCAGCGAAGGUGUACACUUUGGAGGUUCAUUCGGCCUCACUGAGGCUGGCCUUGUUGCAGAAUCAAUCUCAAGACCAAAAGGUGACCCUUAUUGGAACUAUAUGAAAUUCUUUGACAAUAUCCGAUCAUAUGUCUGGAUGAAGCCAAUCUCUGAAUCAGAAGCGCUUUUCGAGUGCGUUUAUCUCGCUGGUCAUCCAGCAUUAACAACCUCGAAUUCAAACGAGCCGCCAGGAUCCUUCCAUUCAAAAGAUGUGUUCACCCCUCAUCCUACAAUUGCUGGAAGGUGGAAAUAUAUUUCACGAUUGGACGAUCGAAUCAACCUGGUGAAUGGUGAAAAGGUUUUACCUCUCCCGAUUGAAGGUUACAUUAAACAACAUCCAUUUAUUCAUGAUGCAGUUGUAGUCGGGGUAGGCAAAGCUGCUCCAGGACUAUUGAUUUUGCGAGCAGAGGAACCUGAAGCCAACCGUCUCUCGGACGAAAAAUAUCUCAAUGCAAUUUGGCCGACUAUCCAAGAAGCCAAUUCUCAGGCAGAGGCUUUCUCUCAAAUCUCCCGCAAUUUGGUUGCUAUAUUGCCACACGACGCCAAGUUUUCUCGAACAGAUAAGGGGUCCAUGAUCCGGGCACAAGUAUAUCAAGAAUAUAGUGACCUUAUCGAAAGCCUUUACACUGAGAAGGAACAGACCCAUGGCAAUCUUCAGCUUGACAUUGUCGAGACAGAGCGCGUUCUUCUUCAAAUAGCACAGCAAGAACUUGGAAUAUCUGUCUCUGGUGUCGACGCCAAUUUCUUCUCUGAGGGUGUUGAUAGUCUGAAGGCAAUCCACUUCCGGCGUCUCAUUCUUCAGCAUUUCAAAUUUGAGACGAGCCAGGCUCCUAGUCCAAAUGUCAUAUUUGAAGCAGGCUGUAUAUCACAAUUGGCUUGGCAUAUCUGUGCUUUACAAAAAGGGGAGGCAUUGGAAUCUGCCAAGAGUGAUGUCGCUCUGAUGACUGAAUUGAUCGAGAAGUACUCCGUGUUUGAGAGGCAUAUUCCCCAACCGCAUGCUUUCUCUAGGCCGAAUAGUGUGAUUUUAACAGGAACCACCGGGUCAAUUGGAGCCCAUGUGCUGUACGAGCUACUCAAUGACGACUCAAUCUCCACAGUGUACUGUCUCACACGACGAGAAUCACCACUGGAAGCAAUACUCCACACUCUAAACCACAAAGAUCUUUUUAUAUCCCCUGAACAGAAAACAAAGAUCGUCGCCUUCAACAGCCGUCUCGACCAGCCCGGUUUCGGUCUAUCUCUAGACGAAAGCACAAUUACACACAUGCUCGAAUCAGUCUCGCUCAUCAUUCACACGGCAUGGCCCGUCAACUUCAAUCUCCCCCUAACCGGAUUCGAGCCACACAUCAAGGGACUAAACAAUCUGAUCCAAUUAUCCCUGUCAGUACAUAGACCCGAGCCUGCCAUGGUGAUGUUCUGCUCGUCGGUAUCCACCGCGCUCGGAUCUCGAGCAGCCGAGAUCCUCGAAGAACCAGUUGACUUGGACAGCGCGUUCAUGGGAUACGGAAAAUCCAAGUUAGUCGGGGAGCGGAUUGUGAGUAAUGCGCGACGCAGUGGAGCAAGGGCCUAUUCUCUCCGAAUUGGCCAAGUCUCAGGUCACUCGAGGAAGGGCCUUUGGAAUGACUCCGAAGCUCUGCCAUUAAUGAUCCGGUCGGCGCUGACAUUGGGUGCACUGCCCGAGCUAUCGCAGACGUGUUCUUGGCUUCCGGUGGAUAAACUUGCGUCUACUAUUCUUGAACUAGCCGAGACUUGUGCUACGCCGAGUGUGUUUGGCGAAAGUCCGGCGUCCAGCUCGGCUUCGGUGGAGUAUGUUGAUGACUCGAUUUUCAAUUUGUGUAAUUCUCGCGAAUUCACCUGGUCGUCUUUGCUGCAUACUUUGAAGAAUUGUGGUUUCCGAUUCGAUGUCGUGUCUUUUGAAGAGUGGUUGCUGAGACUUCGUCAGAGUGAGACGAGGGGGAGGAACUUGUCAAUCCGGCGGUCAAGCUCAUUCAUCAUUAUGAGACGAUGCAUGGGGAGAAAUCAUCUUUGA